AACUGGCUUUGACCCAGAAAGCUCACAUCCCUUUUAUUAUUCCACAUUUCUAAGCUCAGAUUUGCAAUUAUUAAAAUAAACUUUUGUGAACCAUAAACUGGUUGUUUUGGCAUUUUCUGAGUUUAGAGUGUACAUGUAUGUAAAUUGUAAAAAGAUGCAAUAAUUAAAGUUAAUUUAAUCAGAUAAAAGUUCAUUGAAGAUUUUAGAUUACCUGGAUUUUGAUUUAAAAUUCAUAUCGAAAUUCAUCUGCCCUUUAUAGGGGAAACAUGCAAAUGUUGUGUCCACUAAAACCACCAGAGACCUCUGCUGUCUGCACUGCAAAUCACAACCAGGUGCAUUUGAGUUUUCUUCAAACAAGUUUGACCUGUUAGGCUCAUCUGCCUGAGGCUGUGAGGUUCAGCUAAAUGACGCUUCUUUAGUGCGGAAAGGCUGCAGAGAUAACAGAUACGGCAGUGUCCUCUGAAUGGCUGACAAACACACAUCAGGAGCCGACAAGAAGGACUCUAAUGGUUCUUUAUUGGAUCCUAAGAUUUGUGAGCCUGAUGAAUGUAAAGAAGAGGAGUCGGGAGACCGAAACCUAUGGCCAAGAUCCCUGGCUCGAAAAUGGAUCGUGAUGCUGUUUAUGGGCACCUGCUUCCUCUAUUGUGCGCGGAUGGCCAUGCCUGUCUGCGCCGUCUCAAUGGCUGCUACGUUUCAUUGGAGUAAAAUUGAUUCCGGGCUGGUUUUAGGUGGAUUCUUCUGGGGUUACUGUCUCACACAGAUCCUGGGAGGACACGCGAGUGACAGAGUGGGAGGAGAGCGUGUCCUGUUCUUCUCUGCAUCAUCAUGGGCUCUGAUCACAGCUGGCACUCCUCUGCUGGCCCAUCUUGGCUCUCACACCCUGGCUCUCAUGACUGUGGCCAGGUUUCUCAUGGGAAUAUCACAAGGUGUUUUUUUCCCAUCUUUGGCCAGCCUGUGCUCACAGCGUGUUGUGGAAGGGGAGAGAGGGUUUUUAAUGAGCACAUUGCAAAGCGGUACACAUCUUGGAACAUUGUUAGCUGGUGGGUUGGGGACCCUGAUGCUCGACCGCUAUGGCUGGGAAAGCAUGUUCUACAGUAUCGGUUUCCUGUCCGGACUCUGGGCUCUCAUUGUUUGGCAGUGUUUACUAAAAGGUGAACUUACCCCAAAGGUGAUGGAAACAAAGAAGAACUCAGAGUGGAGUCUGUCAAGAAUACCCUGGCUGAGCCUUUUUAAGAAACCGCCUGUCUGGGCCAUGGUGUUUGCUCACAUGUGUAUGUGCAGCACAUCCUACACACUGUUAUCAUGGCUGCCAACAUACUUCAAAGAAUCAUUUCCUCAUGCCACGGGAUGGGUCUAUAAUGUUGUUCCAUGGCUAACUGCAAUCCCAUCAGCACUCGUUGGAGGAUACGUUUCAGAUUUCCUCAUUAACCGAGGAUAUGGUGUAGCAUCUGUGAGAAAGAUAAUGCAGUUUUUUGCCAUGGGAGUAUCAAGUAUGUUUAUUUUACCUCUCUCUGGAGUUGUCACAUUUCCUGCAGCUGUGAUUUACAUUUGUGCUGCUGUGGGUCUCACCACCUUCACCAGCGGUGGUGUUUCUGUGAAUGUACAGGAUCUGACACCAUCGUGUGCAGGCGCCCUGUUUGGUUUUAUGAAUAUGAUGGGCUCUUUUGUGGGGGUGGUGCUGGUGUCUUUAUCAGGAUACCUGAUUGAAGUCACACAGUCAUGGUCCGUGGUCUUUGCCCUCAUCACUUUAGUAAAUGCCACGGGUCUCGGUGUCUUCCUCAUCUUUGGAGGUGCUCGCCGUGUGGACCUAGUGGAGUAUUCAAGGAUUAUUGAGAUAUGACCCAGAGUAAUUUAUGAUAAUUAAGUUUUUCAGAACAUAUUAGUCUUUAUUUAUUUAUUUAUUUAUUUAUUUAUUGAUGAAUCAGGUAAUACACAAUACAUCGCACAAAAAUGUUUAUCUGUAUGUAUGUUUGGCCAUGUUUAAAGUUCUACUUUUGGAUAGUUGCAGUGCAGCCUUUGAAUGGUGAGCACAUGUCCUUAGUUAUC